GUAUCCAUGGUAUGUUUUCAAAGUAAGAGUGAAAAAUGCCCCUGUGGUCAAGAUGUGGCUCUACAGAAGUGGCCAACCAUACUCCCGUUGAGGAAAGUCAACCACAUGGAGACGACGUGGGCGGUUUUCACGGCCUCUUCAGAAAUGUGGCCCACCUCUUCUCCGACACUGUUUUUGGAUAUUUUCGCUCUCCGGAGAAAGCCGCGAAGCCGCCUGAACACCCGGAGGAAAUGACGUCACACGACUCUGAAGCUUCCAGCUUGAUCAGACCGAACGUUGAGGUGUCCAUUGAUUCAACUGUGUCAGACGUGGGACAAGGGCAGUCUCCACACACGGAGGAUAUCAGAGCGAUACCGAUCUGUGUGCAGUCUAUAAGAGAGGAGGCUGAGGAGAGCCCAUGUUCAGUGCUAGACAUUGAUGAAAUCCUGUCCUCCACACUGGGAGCCCUGUAUGGGAGGGCCACCCCAGCUAUCAUCAAGCAGGCCAAGGAGGUUCUCACCAGCAAGUAUGGAGGAGAGGUGCACACAUUUAAGUCAGAAUUUCUUGACCCAGUUCUGGAACUGCUUCAUCAAGUCUUGGAGAUCCAAGACACAAGUGACCUGCCAAACACUACCUGGCCACUGAGUGUUGGCAGUUCUGUCCUGGUCCAUCUGACCACAGGAAACUGCAAGUACCUCAGGGACAUUGGCGACUUCUGCAUCAGCGUUGAUGUCAACUCUGGUCUGCCUGGCCUGGUGCUCUCUGACCUGACAUUUGACGGAGUGUUGGAGCAUGCCGUAGAGGAGCCGGAGUUCGGGUCCUUGUUGACCAUGGAGUGGGCCCGCAAGAUACGGGAGGCGGCUGACCACGAGGUGGUGUUCGUUCUGAGGCAGUGCCUGGUGACAUCAGAGUACACGGUGCGACAUUUGAAGUGGGAUGAGAUUCCGCAGUUGGACCCGAGGAAUCUGAAUGGGCACGCACUGCCGGAGUACACGCCCGGGGAGGUCCACAGCAGCACCGACAGCUGGCUGAACAUCAACAACUCCGGGCUGAACCUUGAGAUGGGUCAUCGCAAGCGGCACUCUCCACACAAGCUCCUGUCUGGUGGGUUUGUGAACGGAGGUUUCUGCGAUGGAGACCCGUCAAACCCUGGACUCGCUGGGGCGCUGUGUAACAGCCCUGGUUUUCCGCCCUUCUCCACCCUCGACUCUCACUCAGAGCUAUCCUGUGGUGAUUCCACACCACACCACACCUGCGCCACAUGCCAUGACCACGUGCGUGACCAGAGACAGCCUCUACCUCAUCCAUGUUCUACCUCAGGUCCAUCUCAUUGUACCUUGUCCACCUCAGUCGCCCCCUCCUCCUCCUACAGUCACUACGGCACGUGGCACGGCACACGUCACAGUAAGAAACGCGCGGACGCUGACAAAAGGAUUAUCUUAUCACAGGGAUUAUCUCUUCACCCACAAGUGGACACGACUCUCAGCCAGGAUAACUCGGACACCAGUCAAGAUACAAGAAGUACUGAAGACCAUGCAAGUACUGACCAGUGUACUAGUCUUACUGGACAAACAAGUGUAAAUAAAGUCGACGCGCCCCAGUGUAUAACAGAUGUGGACAAUGACCUUCUCUGGUCUGGAGUGGCCAUCUUACCAGGCUGUACAGACUAUGAUGGCAGGCAUUUGAUUUACAUCUUUACAUGCAGCAGCUUGUGGUAUGACCGCAGGGUGGACAGUGUCCAGUUGGCCAGGUUACUGCUCUACUACUAUUCAAUACCCAGAAGAAGAAAUUCAGGAGAAGAAUGGAGUCUUGUGGCUGACAUCAGAGAAGCUUCAAACUCUACAGUCAACAGGUUGUUGGAGUCAAUAUACUUGUUUCAGGAAAGUUGUGGCCAGUCUAUUUCCGUAGUCUAUCUCUACGCUGACAGAACCAGCCAGUCCCAUGUGAUGAAGUCCCCUUUGUAUGACUCAAAGGCUAAGGUUACUUUAAAGAUACUGCUGACCAUUGACCUCUUGCUUCAACAUAUUAACGUAGAACAACUUCCCACUGUCUUGGAAGGCUCUUUUGCUUAUGACCACGAGGCAUGGGUUCGAUUUAGAAAGAAACUGGAACCUUUCUUGUCCAAUUGUCGCCUAGUAGCCUGUCGCUUGGUUGAUGCUAUGCAGCACGUCACAGCCAGCGACCUCCUCCCCCAAAGCGUAGCUCAGUCAACAGAGAUGAUCCAGGCUCACGAGACCGCAGUUAGAGAGGUCUUUGAGGACGAGACACUUUUGGUCCUGCAGAGUGACGGCCCUUCAAUUAUUAGCUCACUCAAACGAGAGGAGGAAUUCUUUUCCCAUUCACAAGAUUACAGAUUUUCUAUGGAGCAGGUCGAAGACAUCCAUCAUCACCUCCAGGACUCUAUCACAAGGUUAGCCAGACUGGCAGACACAAGAAUGAACAAACUACACAAUUGUCUGCAGCUGAGGGAAUACGAGGAGGAGUGUCAUAAGGUGAUAGAAUGGCUGUCCCAAGACGGGGGAACAAUCUUACAGAGACAUUCAGUGACGGCUGACAACCUUAAGGCUGUAAGACAUCAACAGAAGGACUUUGAGAAGUUUUAUUUCUCUGCCAUGAGCUACAUAGAGAAAGGUCAUGACCUGCUAGAAGAGGCCAGCAUGCUGUCCCAGUGCGGGAAUUUCUCUGAGGCCACAGGCUAUAAGGACCUAGCCAAGACCCUGAAACGCCAGCUUCAGACCUUCACAGUACAGCUAGAGGAGGCAAGGGAGAGAAUUGAAGGCACUGCUAAGUGUUAUCAGCUCCUGGAUAAGAGCUACGAGUGGGCACUGGAAGCUAUGAAGUACGUGUCCAGCAUGAAGAUGGAGCACACUGCCACUGCUGAGGGACUGGACAAACUCCUGAGGAGCCUGAACAUCUACCUCUCAGAGCAUCCUCCGGUGGAGGAGGACAGCUUCAGCAACAUGACGGAGGCGGCGCAGAACUUGAAGAAUGAGAAGCUGCUGGAACAAAGUCGGGUGGCCAAAGCAAGAUGUCAGGAGAUCUACCAGUUACUGCAGCUGAGGCAGACUACCCUCAGACGUGCCAGGAAUCAGUUGGAGGUGGAGCAAGCCUUGAAGGAAGAUGGUAAGGAAAGCCGAGAGAUGCCUGUCCCGGUCAGCACUUCUGCCCUGGAUGUUUCCAAAGACUACUCUGACCAUGAAAGGUCAAGUUAUUCCACAACCUCGUCAGUGUUCUCUCCCUUGUAUUCCAGGAGAGACUCUGGGGGUGAGGGGGGCCCUUUGAGGCAGAGCUUAUCCUGGGAGCCCCAUGACACCAGUACGCCAACUUUUACUGGCUGGGGUGGGGGUCGUUCAGAUGGUAGACGUCCUGGGGCUGUGCCGCGUGCUCCACUGAGUCCUACAGAAUGUCUCAGCUACCAGCAUAAAGACUUGUACUCACCAACUCCAGCCAGUCCCUACAGCAGUGCUAGCAGCUCCAGCUCGGGCAAGAGUCCGUCUAAGUCACUAACAUCAUCAUCUUCAUCCUCCAGCCAGCCCAUCGUGCCAUCUGUCACACUUCCAGAAUCCCCGACACUUAUCACUCCAGACCCACCAAACAAAGGGCGCCUCUACCAGCCCUCACCAUGCAGACUGUACAAUGCCUCCCCUACACGGGGCAGUGCCGUGCCAACAGUACCCAAGCUAAGCCUUGGGAGGACAGUAUCUCAUCCUGCCACUUCUGGCAUGGCCAUACAAUCUUCAGGUGCUCCUCCACAGAGCUCAUCCAGGCACCAGAAAAAGGUCUUAAAGCGAUCCAGUACUGCUCCAAUUCCAAUGUUGACUUCUCCCAUCCAGGAGGAGGAUUCUUCCUUACAGACUUCAUCUCCCACAGAGGAUGGAUGCACCAGAGAAGAAAAGAGUGUCAAGUCACUAGGAAUCACAGGAAGUACAGAGUCACUCCCAAGCAUGCCAGAAGAAGCCGAAGAUGGUGACCUUGACCUGAGUCCAUCCCAUGAUCACCAGGAGGAUGCCAACAGCACAACGCAAAGUAUCAGGGACUGGACACCCGUCCCAGUCAACACCCAUCUCCACAGGUCGGCUCGGAGUACUCCCACUGGUCCAAUGGCAGACCUGAGACUAACAGAGGCUGAGAUCAAGAGUAGAAGAACGGUGUCUUUAAUCAUGUCUGAGAUGAUCCAGACAGAGCGGGAUUAUGUGAGAGCUCUUCAGUUCAUCACUGACCAUUAUGUGCCAGAACUGCAGCGCGACGAUGUCCCACAGAUGCUGCGUGGGAAGAGGACAGUCAUCUUUGGCAACUUGGAAAAAAUUCAACAGUUUCACAGCCAAUAUUUUUUGAAGCAGUUGGAGAGUUGCCAACACCAACCGUUUUUAGUGGGUCAAUACUUCUUGCAGCAUGAAACAAUGUUCUAUUUGUACGCCUUGUACAAUAAAAAUAAACCAAAGUCAGAUGUCCUCAUGAUGGAAUACGGAAAAGAUUUUUUUAGGCAAAAACAAUUGGAGCUUGGAGAUAAGAUGGAUCUGUCCAGUUACUUGUUGAAGCCUGUCCAGCGGAUGGGGAAAUAUGCCUUGCUAUUAAAACAGCUGCUCAAAGAAUGUUCAGAGACAGAGCCCGAGUUUCCUGAGCUUAAGGCUGCUGAAGAAAUGGUCAAGUUCCAGCUUCGACAUGGUAAUGAUUUGUUGGCCAUGGAUUCACUCCGAGACUGUGACGUAAACUUGCAAGAGCAAGGGAGGCUACUGCGCCAGGAGGAGUUUCUUGUUUUCCAAGGUCGCAAGAAGUCAAUGCGAAGAAUAUUUUUAUUUGAAGAUCUGAUUCUGUUUAGCAAAACCAAGCGGGGUAGACAAGGGCAGCAUGACCUGUAUGUUUACAAGUCCAGCUUUAAGACGGCAGACAUUGGAAUGACUGAGAAUUAUGGAGACAGUGGGUACAAGUUUGAAAUCUGGUUCAGGCGACGCUCUGUUGGAGAAAAUUAUGUCCUUCAGGCGCCAAGUACUGAAGUAAAAAAAGCCUGGGUCAAGGACAUCUCUAGGCUGCUGUGGCGACAAGCUAUUCGCAAUAGAGAAACCAGGAUAAAUGAGUUGGCAACUAUGGGUAUAGGUAACAAGCCUUGUCUGGACAUAAAGCCAAGCGAGGACAACAUUCAGGACAGAUCUAUCAAUGUUGCCCUAAACAAUAGGGGAGCUCGCACCAGAAACUCCAUCGCAGUGUCUUCGUUUGAUUAUUUACGCAAUGGCAAUAAAAGGCCUCAUUCUAUCAUAUCAGUUAGUUCCACAUCAUCCUCAGGCUCAAGUCAUUCUUCAUUUGGUUUAUUGGGCUCAUUAAAUUUAGCAUUUGACCCACUGGAUAGUCCGCGCUUAAACAGAAGGUCAUUUACAUCAAAUGAGAGUGGAAUAGCCACAAACAGCGACACAUCAACAGACCUAGGGACAGAGAACAGAGGCCCAUCAUUACGAAGAGGAAGUCAAGGGAGUGCACCACUGUCCACAAUGAGGUCUUAUUUAGAUGUCAUGAAGUCUCGUGUCUUGAAACAAAAAUAUUCUGACCAACUUUAUACAGAUGUUUGACUGAAGUGACCAGAACUAGGACUGUCAAUUAUUCCAAAUUGUGAAUAGAACAAAGUUUUAAUUCCUUUGUUACACCUGUGUCCUUCACUGUCUGGGUUGUACCAGAUAAAGGAAAGUCUUGUUCAUUCAGACCAUUGACAAACAAUGCCACAAUCAACUGAGUUGAUUACAAAACAUAAAUUGAGGUUCGAAUACUUCAGUGUAACUUCCAGUCUGAGGAGUAGCUGACAAUAUACCUGGACUGGAUGUAAUAUUUCGCUUUACAAUUAACUAUUUAUUCUCUAGACUUGUCAUCAAACUCUAUUCUAAGAUAAGUUUCUGGCACAAGUUAACAAUCCCAAGUAGUCGUUGUGAGAGUGACAGAUGGAACAAUAACUGAACAAGUCUAGCCUCUACUGCAGUUAUUUCUUUUUUCCUUAUCUUUCGCUUUUCUAUCCCAUUAAGGAAGAAACUUGCUGUUUUUAUAGAGUUGUUGGGGGAACAACUCUUGCAUUAGUUCCACUAGAAUUCAGUCCCUUGUAUCUGCAGCAUAUGUUAAGACAAAUUUGAUUCCAAAGAACUUCUGUAUAUAAUGUAUUGUACUUCCUAGGCUGGCCAAUGUUGGAGAGUCUGAUUGAUUGAUCUUGUAUUUUUGCCUAUGCCUUGCUACCUGUAUUACACACAUAACUGCAUUUGAAAUGUACAUUGUAGUCUGUGAAGUAAUGUCUAUAGAGUUUGUUGUAGUCUGGUAGCUGAUGUCAACAGUCAAUGUUGUGUGUUGAUCUACUGGUGGCUGUACUAAUGUUACUAUUUAGUCUUGUCACUUGAAGACUUUGAUAUAGUCCACAGCAUUAUAUUCUAUGUUUCUGUUGUAUGUGGUGCAGUGUGUUUACAUUGCGGGGGGGGAAACGCACUCAGUACCAGUAGAAAAUUAAGCUCAGUAUUGGGACGAAUUCCAUUUCUUACAAACUUUUAUGUGUACAAAACUAUAAAAAAAAAAGUCUGUAAACUAACUAUGUAAUGUCUUGUGUCAAGAAAAGUUCUAUCAUGUCUUAACAAGUAAAAUAUAGUAGACCCUAUACACUCUGAACUCUAUGUUGGCACUGUACUGUUGAGUUGAUCUGCAAUAUUAAAGUGGCUAAAAAUUUCAAAUGAUUCUGGUGCCUUUUGUUUUAUAUGAAACUACUGAUGAAUUGAAUCUAUAAGUCAAUGGUUGACUAAAUUUUGAUUUGAAAAAAAAAAAAAAGGUUGAUUCCUUGAUGCUUGCAAUGACCAUAGAACUUCUUUUUUCUGGCUUCCAAAAAGGGUUUUCUAUAUUCCAUAUAUCUGCCACUGUUUCAUAUACAAUGCAUGCCUUAACAAGUUUUAUGGCAUACACAACUGUUUAGAUUGUAUCUGGGUUUUUUGUCUGCUAUUGAUCUAAGCAUGGCAUUUUAACAUAAUAUACAUAUAUAUUAAAUAGCUAAUGUAAAUACAAAACUAGAUACGGUUAAACUUAAAUUUGUUACAUUUAUUUUUUGAAUGUUUAAAAUGACCAGUUUAUACAGUUUUGGCCAGUUUUGUUAAUGAACUUAAGACAUCUAUUUCUUACGAUACUCGCAUUGUGUACCUUAGUCUGUGCUGUACAUGUGGAACAUUUUGUAUGUGGUCUUCCACAUUCUUUAUGUGGUCAACAGAUACUACUGCUGUGUGUAAUAAAAUCUAUUUUUUUUUCUGAUCAAAUAAAUUAUUUACAUUCAUUA